AAAGAUCAUGUUUCCGCCAUUACUAGCCAUUGUUUACUCCUACCUCCAGCUAUACGCAGAGACACAAAUACACACACACGUACACACAGAGAAACAGGAUGAAAGGUAUUGUGCAGCAACAACGUUGUAAAGCUUUUGGGUGUAUUUUAAUUUAAGUUAAUGCUGUUGCGUUCCACUGAAAGUUGCUUUUUGUGUUUAUGACGGGACAAAAUAUCCUCCGUGGCACUAAUUUAAUGUUUGACAGUCAAUGCAUAUUCAUCCGCGACUACAUGAGUGUCAGGAGCAAAGGAGUACCCGGAUGGACUGUCAUGGCCGCCGUCGAUGUGGUUCUUCAGAGAAGAGAGAAGGAAGGCUGAUGUUUUGUUGUGUGUUCCUUUCAUGCUUGACCCUCUUUAACAAUGCUGGACGUUGUUGAGAAACAGCCCGAGCUUCCUUCGACUUCAUAAGGUGUUGAAACGGUUUAUCACCAUUCAGUGAUUUGGAGGCGACAGAUGUCCUGCUCCAACCCAGAUCCUUCCUUCCCAAGAAACAUUGGAGUCAUCGUUGCUUCCUGAACUAUAUGGCUCAAAAAGUAUGGUUGCAGUUCUUCAGUAGAACCAGGUCCGUCGUCUUCACUACUCCAUCUAGCUUCUUCCUUCUUGCCUGGAAUUCUCCGAUUUGAGUUAUGGAAGACUUCACACUGUCCCAGGAUCCAAACAAAAAUUCAUCAGGUGGGGAGGAAGAAAAAGAUGAGGGGAAAGAUUUGGUCUGCAAGCAUUUCAGAGAAGUAAAUGAUGGGCCCCUCUUCCACAAUAAUGAUGAAUCUAUCACAAAGGACAAUGGAAAUGUGAUUAAAAAGGAUGACCAAACUGUCCAAGGCCGUUGCAAAAUUCAGCAGCGGGCUGUUUUCUCUGGAAAAAUUCUCAGUUUUGGAUGCUCGUUGUGUAAAGACAAUUUAACAUUUAGCCCCAAUGAUCUCCUUAAACAUUUCCGAGCAGUUCAUAAAGGAUCCCUUCCCACCUACCCUUGUGACUUGUGUGAUUUUGUCACAAAUGAGUUUCCUGCACUUCAACGUCACCGAAUUGAGCACAGGAAUACUCUGGUUGCAUGUGAGCUCUGCAAGGACAAUGUUCAGUAUUCCCUGCUUUUGCUUACCAGACACUACAUGAUGUGUCAUAGUGUAAACGGAGAGUUUAAGUGUGACUGGUGCGAGUUUACUACUGUUGAUGCAGGAACAUUUGUUCAGCACAUCCAUCACCAUAAUGAGAGUCAUUGGAAGUGUUCAAAAUGUAAACAUAUUAGUUUAAAUGAAGAAGGUCAUCAUAAUCAUAUGAAAGCUCACUCUGGUACAUUUACUUUCACUUGUCCAAUUUGUGGAUUUGGCACAGCAGAAAAUGAACAGCUUAAAAAGCACACAGCAGCUGUUCACAAAGAAGAGGCACAGCGAAAAAGUGCUCUAAAAGUUGCUGAAGACUGUGGUUCACCAACAAAUUCUUCUACAAAUACAAAACUGUAUAAAAAGAUUUCGGUUUCACAGGAAACACAACAGAUGUCAAAAUUGAACUCUUCCCCUAGAACUGUACCAAGUGAAAAUGGCAGAGUAACCAAACAAGAAUUUCCCUUGGAGGAGAUCCGCCACUUUACUGAUGGGACUCUAGGACAAAAGGACAAUAGAAGUCGGAACUUUCACAAUGCAGAACACUCGACUUCCGUCAUGUUACAGGAAUGUGAAAAUGCAAAUAAUUCUGACACUGGAAGUCAUCCCAAUGCCAAUGGGCUUACUGUACUAAUGGUGAAGAACAAAAUCUCUCUUCCCCCUAAUUGUACAACUAAAGUGAUGGGAUUCAAGAUAGUUGAUGGCAAAAAGCAUUUGGUUCUCAAAGUAAUACCAACAGCAAAGCAAAAUGUGUCUUCUCAGAGCCAUUUAUUAAUGGAUGGUGUAGGUCCUUUGGUAUCAAAUCCUGUAAUAUCAAAAACGACGGACUCCACUGAGACUGAGCAGUACUCUGAAUGCAAGGACUCCACAUCAAAAAGUUUAGCUAUUUCACCAAGAAACGGAUCUUUGCUUCAAAUGGAUCGUGAUGAUAUCAUGGCUGUAAAAGUGAAGAUUGAGGAGGAGGAAACCUCUGUUUGUCAACUUAAUUCUACUCCAUACUCUGAUAGUGAACAAAUAAAUCCCUCACAAAUCCGGUUUUACUCGGUGGCGGAUGAAGGUCGCCACAUCGCUGAGUCUGUGUCUACUGACAAAGGCAAGGUAGCAGUGUCUGGGAAUUCAGAUGCUGCAAUUUUAAAAUGUGAUGGAGCUACCUCUGGAUCUGAAAUGAGUAAUACUAAAAUGGAAUGUGAGGAUAUUAGUACUUGUCAAUCUCCUUUAAAUGCUGCCCAGAAAACAUUGCUUUCCAAAACUGUCUGCAGAGAAACUGUAAAGAACAACAGAACCACAGAAGAAUCAAUUCUAACCAAUGAUUUUGGCGGAAUAUGCAAAAAUAACAAAGACAACUUUGCUACCAUCACCUUGUGCAAUGACUCCGCUCGUCAGAUUUCUCUGGAAAACAGAGAUGCCGCAUUCAUGGAAAAUGGAAGUCAAAUUUGUCAGCAAAUUGUAAAACACAUAGAAUCUUCGUCUCAAUUGUCACAACCUUUUUCUGUGAGGAGCAGAGUGGAAGGCUUGGGCACAGGAAGAGUUGAACCAAAAACAUCAAACAAGGAAGUGUUUACGUUUCACAACUAUUCAAAGGAAAUGUUUAGCUCCUCACCAGUACAGAGCAAUUCCCAAAACUUGCUCUGUACUGGUAAAUAUUCUGAACACACAAAAAAUGCUUGGGAUCCAUCACAGUUUAGCUUGAGAUUAACAGCAUCUCCAGAACACACUACAGGAAAUACAGAUGGGGAUGGGGAGGUUGAUGAGUGCAUAGCUAGUGAUAAUCUUUUGAGUGAGGAAAAUGGAGAUUCAGUUCUUCAAGACUUUAAUAUCAUCAAAAUUGAGGAAGAUGGGAUCCCAAUAUCCACAAAACCAGAAACAAAAACUAGUUUACAUUCUAUAGAAAGUUUUGUCAAAGAACAUUCAAAUGCCAUCAUUACUCGACAGCUCAACAGAGAGAGAACAGGACUUUCACAUGCAAGAAAUGUCUUUUUAAAGCAAGCUAAAAAACCUCUUCAAAUUCUUCAGUUGCCUGCUGGAAAGCAACCAGUACUCGUGAGAGCAACCAACAUCCAACCCACUAACAAUAAAUUUGCCAUGCCAGUGCAAGUCAAGGCCACUCCAGGUUUUAAACUCCUAACUAGCUCUCCAAAUCCUCAGGUCAGUUUAUCUUGCAUGAAACAACAGUUUAAUAACUUGAGUAACACUGCUGGUGUAAUGCUUACUCCAAAAGCCAACAUUGUAGGUAUAUCAGCAGGAAAUUUACAAGCCACAGAAAAGGGGACUGUUCUCUCUGCCGUUCGUUCAGGUGGUAGCACCUCCUCAAAUCACUACUUUAUCAACAGUUCAGGUUUCAAGAGACCUGUGCUUCUUUCAAGAACACUGCAUAGUCCAUCAACAAAUACAGCAGCAAAGGCACAACCAACAUGCUACUUUGUGCAGAGGUCUAUCCCAUCUGCUCAUAACCUCAGUAAAGCUAGCUUCAAAUUGCCAGGUCCUCAACUCUCAGUCAACUCACAACCAGUUCUGGCAGGAACCUUUGCAGAAAAAUCCAGCACACCACAAACUGGUCGUCAGGCAUACUUGCUUCGAUACAUUUCUCCUUCUAGAUCAAGCCUUUUUGGAAAUAAGCAAGAGGCAAAUAACAGAACUAUUUUGAGUCAGAGCAGCGAGUGUCCUGGGAAUAAAGUCAUUUUUAAAAUAGUUUCGCCCACUGCUCACCUCAAUACUACUAUAGCUCCCACAUCAAGCAAGCAACCUUUGCUUUUGGCCAGCAGACCUCAAGGGCAGUGCUUCCUAGUGUCUGCAAACAAAACCUGUCCAACAUCUCAAUUGAUCAGUGUAGAAAAUAAUGUACAUGAACAUCCAAAGGAGCCUAGAGGGUCACCUUCAGUCAUAAAUGGAAACCUACAGCCAUGUGAAGCAAAUAGACUGCUCCUUGCUCCAAGGCUUGUAAGCCAAAGGAAAAGACACAGGAAAGCUUUAUUUGAUGAGCUCCCAGCAAGCCUGCAUAAGGCUAAUAGGCUGUCAAAUAAGGUGCUGUCUGAAAAAGACAAUGUUUUAUGGUCGCCAGUUGGCAAAGAAGUGGAGAGGAUGCUGAGACUUGCGCCACGCAGCACAGGACAGCAGAUCAAAUAUCCCUGUAGAGGCCAACCUGUUGUGGUGCUUAAUCAUCCUGAUGCUGACAUUCCAGAAGUGAUGAACAUAAUGAAGGCAGUCAACAGGUACAAAGGUGCUGUCACAAAGGUUGCUCUAAGUCAAAAGACGGUUCAAGCCCUUGCUGAGUUUAGUGGUCUUGUGAACAGUUGCUCUCCAUCUUCAAGUGAAGGUGUUUCAAGACCUAGACCUGUUCUGAGUUCUGUCCGAGAACGAUUUCUCCUGAAAUUAAAACUAAGAAAGAAAAACAAAAAGAAAUAUGAAGUAGUGAAAACUUUAUCUGCGUGUGGACAAGCCUCGAUGGCGUUUGAUUGUUGGUUUUGUGGUCGGAUUUUCAACAACCAAGAAGAUUGGAUUGGCCACGGCCAAAGACAUCUCAUGGAGGCAACAAGAGACUGGAAUAAGCUCUUCUGAGCGUUUUACACCAUUCUGAAAAGGCUUUUUUUCAAAGAACCUUUGAUGUAAUGUAAAUAUCUUGGAUUCUUUUUAAUACAUUUUGAGUGAAAUAGUUUUUUAUGUAUAUCAUGGCAAAUGUAAACAUAAUUUUUGCCACCCAUGUUGUUUUAACUGUGAAAACUGUAUAUUAUAAUGAGAGGUAUGGAUGUGGCGUAUUGACUGAAGGGGAACAAUUAGACCAAAUAACUCAGGUAAUUUCAUAUUAUUCUUACUUUGUCAUUUUCUGCAUUGUUUUAAAAAGGAAAGGUGUCCUUGUUCUUAUUAAAUCAUACUCCUGGACAUGAUGUACAGCUAACUGUAAAAAAAUAUACAGCAGUAAAAGUGACUUUACAUGAGUAACAAUGUUACAAUCUGAAAAUGUCUGAUUCAGAUGAUGGAACUGGAGUUCUACUUUACUCUUAAGAAUCAGCUUGAAUGCUUGUCAUUAUUUUUGAGAGCCAUUGGACCUGCAGUUGUUUUCUGCUACUUGUGCAAAACGAGAAAAUGCAAAGGAGCAUAUUUUGAACCAAGUUGGUUCUUGUCAAAUGCUCACUUCAUAGAACUCGUCUCUUUUCUUGUUAGGCUUCUGUGGUGAUUGGCUUCCAGGUCAUAUUGUAAAUAUGUCUUCCAUUUGUACAGUAAAAAGAUAGUAAUCUUUUGUGUAAAUGAAUAAAAAAAGCUGGAUAUACCUAUUUACCUAGUGAGUAGCCAGUUUGUGCAGAAAGAUUUACUCUAUUCAAAGAUGCAUUAACAGAUUUGACUGGAGCUGAAGGCCCUCAGAAAAAGCCUGGGUCUGCAGUGUCCCAGUCAUUCAAGCAGGUUCAACAGACAUGACAAAAGGCUGAAGUACAACUACUGCUUGUUUCCCCAAAUCUAAAAACGAUGCCAGUUAUCACAUUUCUAACCUAUUGCUGUGAUUUUGCUUUUGGUUCCAAUUUAUAUGGAAAAGUUCAUUUUAUGUAGAGGGGGGUUGGCUGGAUCAACCCAUUUUUUAUAGAAGCACAGCAUGCUAUGGUCUAAUUAUUGCACAUUGUUUCUAAAAUGAGGAAGAGUAUAAAAAAUGAAAAGCACCCACUCCUGUUAAUAUUUUUUUAAAUCAAAAUGGAGUCUCUUCAACAAUGCCUGGAAAGACAUUUUUGUAUGUUUUAACUGUUCAUACUUUAAUCCUGAUGACAACUAGUAUUGGUAGAUUGUGUGUGUGUGUGGGGGGGUGCGUGUGUGUGUGUGUGCGCUGUAUUUGGACUUUACUUAAAUGUACUGUAUAUCUGCACAUUGUCAUUAUGUCUCUUCUGCUUUAAACCCAUUUUAUGUUACAUUUCACAAUUUUCCUGCCUCCAGGACUUUAGAGUUUCUGGAUUCUUUGAGUUGAAAUGAUUGUAGUACAUGACGAGCGCUCCAUCUUUUUUUUUUCCUUCCCUCUUAGUAGGCCAACUAUUUUGAGCAACAAGCCAUGCUACUGUUUUGUAUUUACAUAAUUGUUCCAUAGAAAGAAGAAAGAAGCCCAUGUGCUGAACAGGUACAUUGGGAACGUUUUGUUGUUGUUGUUUGUUUUGUCAUCGUCAUUAUUGCUUUAAGAUCCUGCUAAACUGCGGUAAAUCAUUGGUGAUUACAUUUUGGUAUUUUGAAUUGGUCAUGUUUUAGCUUUUUGUGAAAUCUGUAUUUUUUAACUCGAGGGCUACAAUAUGUCACAUAUGAGAAUAUAACAGAAUUUAAAUAGUUGGAUUUUUUUGAUAAAUCUUCAUUAGAGAUUAAGUGUUUGGUCCAUAUUUAAAUCAGUAACUGAAUAACACGUUGCUUCAACUAAAUUGUAUAGACUUGAAGACACUUGUAGCAGGCAGAUGGAUGGAAUCCCAAAUCACCUCAUAUGACUUUGCUUUGUUCUUGUCUGAUUCACAAAUUUCCUAUUUCUUCUCCUUCCUGAUGGCUUCUGGGCCAAAGAAUUUAUUUUUCAACAAAUAAAAAGCAUAUUCUUAA